AUGGUGUCACCCACAGGUUUGCAGAACGACCACAAGGCCCUGAUGAAGCAGGUGGAGGAAGCUCUUCACCAGUUGCACGCCCGGGAGAAGGAGAAGCAUGCCAGGGAUGAGGCGGAGGCAUUGGCUGAGGCAAUGAGCCAGAACCAGAGCCUGCCACAGGCGUUUGCCAAAGUGAACGCGGUGACUCCAGGAUCUCCUGCAAGUAUCUCGGGGCUUCAGGUUGAUGAUGAGAUUGUGGAGUUUGGUUCUGUCAACAUAAACAACUUCCAGAACCUGCAGAAUAUUGCCACAGUGGUGCAGCACAGCGAAGGGAGACCCCUGAGUGUGACUGUGAUCCGCAGCGGCAAAAAAGUGCACGUGGGGCUGACUCCGAAGCGCUGGGCUGGGAAGGGCCUCCUGGGCUGCAAUAUCAUUCCCUUGCAAAGAUGACCAUUGCUUGGAAAACAAUAAAGCUGAAGUUUGUGCCUGCUUUCUGGACUCUGAUCUGGUUUGAAAACUUCCCUACAUGUUUUUGCUGAAACAAAUGUUUCGGAGGCUGUGACCUCUAGGUGCCUGACUUGCAGAGUCUUGAAGAGGUUCUGAUAGAGCAGGGCCUGCCUGCAAUUCAGAAUUGCACUGGUUCAUCAGGAGUAGCUUGCAGAGCUGCAAGAUGUGGCUUCUCAUCUCUUACGCCUUGUAUCAGGUUGGAAUGAGGCUAUAGAGAGACCCAAACUUCACUUGAUACGGGCUCUAAAAAGCGUGAAAUGUUCUUACUUGGUGAUAACAGAGCAUUCCUUUUUUUUUUUUUUUCCUCUCUGUAAAAUUUGUCACUGAACAUCUUGUAAUAUAUGCUUAAAAAGUCCUGGAGCACUUCUUGUUGUCUUUAACAGUAGAUCACAGUCAAGAAAUACACAAGUUUGGUACUUUAUCUUCCCCGUGUUACCACAACUUUUGAAGUCACUAAACGUGAUGAAUCUUUGGAAUGCCUAAUUAUUUUAAGUUAAUGAGAUAAGGAAUAGGGUUUAUAAUUCUACUUUGAUUUAGUAGUUUGUAUAGUCAUGAUAAAAGUACUCCUAAUUUGGCUUUUUAAAUUUGUUUAUUUGCAGUAGUUGCUUUUAGGGUGUAUAAACUCUUUGAGGGGAUUUCAGGGAUGACUGGUUUGUUGUAAGCUUGUUUCCAGUUGAACUUCACAAUACUCUCCCAAAACAAUAAAACUGAGUAAUGCCUCUCUC